GUCUCAGUGCCUACUCAUUUGCUCCGUGACUCAUUGCAGUUGCUAUUCUUAUUGUCCCUCUUGCUGACUCUUGCCGCGUGCCAACUGCCGACAGUCCGACAGUAUCGACGACGACGACUCCGACGAGUUGUUGACACGCGACACGCGGCCAGUCCGCGGAAUCACCGUUCGCCAGGGCGCAACUUGUGCUUGUCUGCUCUGCUUGUGCGGUGUGCGGUGUGUAGCGUGUAGCAGCCAUUGAUCGCUUGGACGUCACCUCGGUCAUCCGUCCACUCUCAUUGUCAGUCCACUGUCCAGUUUAAUGUGAACAAAGUUCGAUCGAGGUUCAGACAGUUCAGUCAACGAGUAUCUCGUGAAAAAUCGUCGAGUAAAUGGCGGGUCAUAAUUAUCUAAGCGAUCCGAGAAAUCCGUUCUUCUCGUUAGAGGACGACGUGGACGAUGAGACAUUUCUGAGGAACGCGCCAGCUAGGACUGCACCCGGGGGGCGUUAUCAGAAUCUCGAUAAUGACAUUAUGCAAAAACGCCAACAGUUGCUGCAACGUAAGAAGGAAAUUGAGGAGCGCACGGUACAAUCCUCGGAAAGGUCGGUUUCGCUUCUCAGAGACUCCGAGCAAAUUGGUGUAGCUACAGCCGAGGAAUUAAUUAGGCAAAAGGAGCAGCUGCAGAGAACAGAGAAACGAUUAGAUGAUAUUAACAGUACGUUGAGAUUCAGUCAGAAACAUAUACAAGGCAUAAAGAGUGUAUUUGGAAGUCUGAAGAAUUAUCUCAGUGGUAAAUCAUUGGAUGCUCCGAUACCAUCUACAAAAUUGUCAGAGUCUUCCAGUUCUGGAUCUGUGACAUCUCCCGCAUUGUCCAAUACAUUAGAACAAGUACAAAACGACAUGAGCACGUCGUAUUCGUCGACAAUGAUAAGAGCAAGUUACGACGACCAUGGCCUGGAAGAUGUUAAACCCGCGAGCGACAAGGUAACCAGAGCUCUUGAACAAAAUCUAAGUGAGAUGAGUGGAUCAUUGGCAAGACUGAAACAUCUAGCGAUUGGUUUAUCCGAAGAAAUAGAUUCGCAGAACGAUCUGAUCGACAAUAUCACUGAUAAAACUGAGAAAGCAGAUAUAACGUUGCAACAACAAAAUAAAGAUAUGUUACAUCUAUUGAAGAAAUGAGUUGGACGCGUAUAUAUUAUCAAAAACUUGUCACUUGUAAUAUCACGAUAUUAACUAUACUUCUAUGAAGUAUAGAUGUAUGUACAUGUUAGGCGACGGAACAAAUCUUUGACAUUACGUUGUAUUGUUAACGUGGGUAUAGUGUAUGUCGGCCGUGCACGUAUAUUAUACAAUGUGUUUUAUAAUAGAGUUUUUCGCAAGGCGAGCGUGCGCGGUCUUUGCAAAAGAAAGACGUGUAAUGAUACAAAACUAAAACAUGUCUGUUGUUAGACGUCAUGAUCUUUAAUAAGGAAGAACUUCUUUCUUAUGCACGUGUCGAUACUAUACACGUAAAACUAAAAUGCGAAUGCUAAACGAAAAGCGUUUCAUACGUUCUCAACACCUUUUGUAACCUUUUAAGAUGGAAACUGUGAUAAGCAUAUAUAUCCAUGUGUAAUACGUAUUCCAAGUUGAUUUAUUAUCAGUAUAAAAACAUACGUUACCGAAGAAAUAAAAAGCGUGGCGUGCAAAACUUAUGUACGUGGAUAUAUUUAUAUAAUAAUGAAAAAAAUGGUAACGUAUAUGGUAUUACAAUAUGAAUACCUUGUUUACGAAGAUAGUUUUUCCAAAUCUUUGAUGUGGAACUGAUGUGACUCUUUACAAGUUCUUUCCUUACACUUAACCAAAUCUUUUUAUAGUUUAUGUUUGUGUAAUUUAGACAUAUGCAUUAUAUAAAAGAUAGCUGGCGUGAUUUAUGAAAAGAGCACGAAUAUGCAAUAUAUAUCUAUAAUAGACAAUACGUGUGUACAGUUAUACGUUAUCACGUUCGAUAUUCUUUCGUUUAGUUUUAUAUGUAGAUAUAUAGAUACGUACGAUAAAAUAGCAUAAGUAGUAUAAGUACAUUUGUAUACAAGAAAAACAUAUGCGCAUGAAUGAACUUGCACACGAUUCAUACUACACUUAUGUGACUGCCAGAAUUAUUUAAUAAAAGCCCAUACACGUUUA